AUGACAACUCGACAUACUUCUGCAACCCCCGCCCCUGCACCUGCACCUGCACCUGCACUACAGUCUUCAGAACCUUCACAACCAGCAUCGGCAGAACAGAAAGUAAUCCCUCCUCUUUCCGAACCUACUACUUCGAACCCACCACCCAAUGCACCGGUCAAAACGAACGACCCUCCAUCCCCAGCUCGAGUGGCUUCUGAUGCUGCUGCUCCUCUACCCUCCCAGCCCUCAGGAACACCAUACGGCACCAUUGGUAGCAGCAACGAAUCCAGCAACCGAAUCAUGUUGACCGUCUCCUUGGUCGUCGUCUUUGUGGUCUUGGCCGGGAUGGGACUAGUCGUCUACUGUCUCUUCCGGAGACGCACUGCGAAACGACGGAUGCAUCUAUUUGGUGGUAAUGGGGGUAGUAAGAACGCUAGUGGGUCUUUGGACUCCUCAGCAGCAGCUGGGAACUCUGGGAUCGGUAGUGGAGGGAAGAGAAAGUCGAUGACAGCCCACCGACAGAGUACUAUCACUCUCGGUGGGGGGAGCAUCAUCGGUACUGGUGGCAAGGGGGACCCGAUGACGACGGCAUUGGCAGAGAUGCAGGAACAGCAGCGACGGAUUUCGGAUGGGGAUAUGAGCCGUGCUCUUCAGGCUAUGACGGAGAAGCACCAGAACGCGUUGAUGACAAGGAGGUCUAGUACUCUUAGCCUUGGAGGGUUGCACCAUCAUAACCAUCAUCAACAUCAUCUUCCGCAGAACCAACAACAUCCCGGAAGUCGGGCUGUGAGUCCUAAUCUGGGGCCUGCUAGACCGCAUUCGGCGUUGGGUGGUGGGUACUGGAGUGGUAGCGGAGGACCGGCAGGCGGUGUGGACCCCACAGGCGAAGGGUCAAAGCGGGCAACCAUGUCUGGUGGCAAUACCGUGAUUGGCAGUGGAGACUAUGUCGCAGGACCAUUGGAAUCCUCACCCGACUUCCGUACAACCCUCUAUGACGACCUUUACUACCCCUCCCCGCAGUUCCUUUACUCUUCCUCUGGUGGAGGCAGCAGUGGCGCCAACAGCAGCGAACAGCUCUUGCCACCGCAUCAUCAUCAUCAUCACCCUCACUAUUAUAACAGUGGUCCCCCUUCGAGCGCGAAUAUGAGUCGGCGGUCUAGUCUCUCGCCUGGUGCGUAUCCUACCCACUCACCUUCUGAGAUGGCCGCCCAAGGUCAGAAUCGUAGUCCAAUUUUUAGGGCAAAGACGAUUAGUACGAGCAGUGGACAAAGCUACCAGCAGCAGAUGCAAUACCAACAACUCUAUCCUCCUCACGUUGGUUCGGGACCUCACAGGUCUACUCCUCCGCCUCACUCGUCUACACCGCCACCACACCUGAAUCGCAUGAGCGUCCCUCAGCCUCCUGCAACCAUCGCAUCCAGUUCUGACGACUCUUCCGAGACAGUCUCGAGCUACCUACCUCCCCAACAACAGCAAAAGCGUCCAGAAGGCGCUAGUGUCGGCGUCAUUAGUAGCGACACGAUCCCACGAACAUCCUACCCUCUCGCAGACCCAACACUCGAACACCAGGAGAACCACCACCAGCCAAGGCGCCCCCAUUCCAUGUCCACGCUCCAAAACAACUCUUCCUUCAUUUCACCCCACGGCGUGACAGUCGGGCUUGACAGAUCCCGGUCCCCGCCCUUGAUGAGUUCCAGCACGGGCAAUCUCCUCGACCAAUGCCCACAGCAUCGAGCAUCAUACGACGGAAGUAGUCAGCUUAUCAUCCCGCCUUCGAUCACCACCCGUCGCAGGUCCGCGAUGCCCAGCGCCCUUGGAUCCUCAGGAGGUGUAACCAGUCCAGGUGGUAAUUACCCGUACCAGCAAGGAUACUCCCAACAGCAACAUCCGUACGGCGGUAAUGGGCAGGAAUAUUUCCAAGAUGGACAGCUGUACCCAAUCUCUCCCAGAUCAUCCUCCCCCUACGGCUACGGUAAUAUACCCUACCAAGACCACCGCCCCAACCACUACCAAUACGCACAACAACUCUCAUCAACACAAAUGAGCCGCGAACCUGACCACCAAGGGAAAUCAGAACAUACCCAAGAUGGAGGAGCAGGCGUCGGUGUAGGUUCCAGCGUCAAGACCGCCUCAUCCUCUUCAUCCUCUUCCCCUGGCGGCACAUCUAACACAGCCUCCACAGCUUCUACACCCACACCCACAAGUGUCAAUCUGAACUCAGUGCGUCCCAAGAGCCCACCCCCACCGCAAGUCUGGCCCAGCCGAUCCAACGUCAACGGCACCGGCAGCGGCCCUAUCGUCCACAUCGCUCCCGCCCUACCAUCCUCGUCAUCAUCGUCUCGUGCCUCGGUAACAGCAGCAGCCACAGGGCUAACGAUCCUGACACCUGUUGAUCGCGAGAGUUCUUUGGCGGCAGACCUACACUUGACAGAAGUCCUUGACAGCCCAACCGACUCCUCUGCUCACUAG